GAGCGAGGAGGGAAAGAGGAAGACAGCGAGGCGACCGCCACCACCAAGCAGCGAGCCGCACAGCGCUACAGGAAACCAUCGCCUCCGGUGAUAAAUAGGAGACCCGGAAACACAGGAUGCACGUCGGGCGAGCGCUGCAGGACGAGGGGAUGUGAACCACCGGCGGUCGAGUCCCCCCCGUCCGUGCAGCAGGAUGGAUGCCCCUCGGCUGCUGCUGCUGCUGCUGCUGCUGCCGGUACCACCGGUGCUCGGCGAGGAGGAGCCGUCGGUGCUGUGCUCCGGCACCGCCUGCUACAGCCUGCACCGCUCCCGGCUGGCAUGGGGCAGCGCACAGGAGCGCUGCCGGCUCAACGGGGGUAACCUGGCCCCGGUGCGCAGCGCCGGCGAGGCCGAGCGGCUGCGGGAGCUGCUGGCGGCCGCAGGCUGGACGGGCCCGGCCUGGAUCGGGCUGUCGCUGCUGCGGGGCCGCUGCGUGCAGCCGCAGGAGCCGCUGCGGGGCUUCGUAUGGGCUGCGGGGGGAGACAGCGGUAACUUCUCCCUGUGGCUGUCGGAGCCGGCAGUCACCUGCCUCAGUGCCCGCUGCGUGAGCCUGCGGCCCGACGGCUGGUCCGACGGCCCCUGCCGGGCCCCGCUGCCUGCCUUCCUCUGCAAGUUCAGCUUCCAGGGCAUGUGCGGGCCGCUGCCGCUGGCCGCGCUGCACCGCGUUACCUACAGCACCCCGUUCGGGGUGCGCAGCACCCGUCUGGCCGCAGCCCCCUUCGGUACCCUGGCCGAGGCGCAGUGCGACGGCGGCCACGGAGCGGCCUUCGCCGUCUGCAGGGGGCCGGUGGACGGGGGAGGCUUCGCAUGGCACCCCCCCGGGCCGCUCUGCCCCACCGCCUGUGCCCACAGCAACGGGGGAUGCCAGCAGCGCUGCCUGGAGGAGCCAGGGCAGCCUCCGCGCUGUGCCUGCCACCCUGGGCACGUCCUGGCCCCGGACUUGGUGUCCUGUGUGCCCGAGGAUGUCUGCAACCCCAACCCCUGCCAGGGCACCUGCCGUGCCCAGCCCGGCGGCUUCGAGUGCAGCUGCGACGAGGGGUACACCCUGGCACCCGAUGGACGGAGCUGCUUGGAUGUAGAUGAGUGCCUGGCCGGGCCCUGCCAACACGAGUGCUACAACACGGCCGGCAGCUUUGUCUGCCUCUGCCGGCCCGGCUACCAGCCUGAGGCACCAGGUAGCCCCCUCUGCAGCGAUGAGGAUGAGUGUGCCCGGCCUGGCGUCUGCCCCCAGCUCUGCAUCAACGUCCCCGGCUCCUUCCAGUGCGCCUGCCAGCCGGGCUACAAGCGCCAGCCUGGGAGCGAUGCCUGCGUGGAUGUGGAUGAGUGCCUGCAGGAUCCCUGCCCCGGGCCCUGCCACAACCUGCCCGGCAGCUACGAGUGCCUCUGCCCCCCCGGCUUCCUCCUGGAGCAGGAUGGACACGGCUGCCACCCUGCACCCACCGCCGCAGAGGAGCCUAUGCAGGUCUCCAGCAGCACCCCGAGGACCACGGGCAUCCCACGGACCACGGGCAUCACCCGCACCUCGGGCACCCCAUGGAGCACCAGCAUCCCCCACACCACGAGCAUCCCCGUUGGGGCAACAACACCGUCCCCCACAGCAGUAGGGUCAGCCCCCGGCGCCGAGCACAGCGCUGAUGGCCCCAGGCUGCUCCUGUACUACAUCCUGGGCAGCCUGGUGGCCAUCCUGCUGCUGCUGGCAUUCGCCCUGGUCCUGGUGGCUUGCAGGAGGAGGGAGGCCAGGAAGGAGAAGCGGCCGGCUAAGAGUGCGGCUGACAACUACUGCUGGGUGCCCGAGCAGCCGGAGAGCCAUGGGGCAGGCGCUGAGCGCAGGUAACGGUGCCCGGGGCAGCGAAGGGGGAGGAAAACCUCCAUGGGACAGAGCUGGUUUGCAAUGGGAAAGAGAAGGA